AUGGAAGAAACUCACGAUGUACAGUAUGCUCGGUUGCGGGAGGAGGUAAAUAAGGAGCUGCUGAAAGCAAUUACUCUAUUAAAGCUAGUGAGAGAUACAGAGUUUCGUAAUGAAGCAGAGAAUCAGCUAGCGAAGCUUAAACAUGUGAUGAUUGAAGAUAAAAGAUUAAGAAUUUCUACUUUGGAAGAGUUUAAAAAGAUCAUCGGAAAGGGAGUGCAAAAAACUGUAUCCAAAUUGGUGCUCGAAAAUCCAAAUCAAAGGAUAAAUAAUGGAAUUUACGGGUCAAAUACACUAUACAAUUUGCCGGACUCGGACUAUUCACCCUCCAAUGAUCGAUUUGCUACCAAUCCGGAGCAAAGACUAGCGUUAAAAUAUCCUAGGAAGAAAAUUUGCAAGUCAAACUAUGACAGUAAUUGCUACAUUUCUGGAGAAAUGUCAGAUCAGCCACAACAUUCACUAUUCAAGCGAAGACAUGAGCUGAUUGCCCCACCGCCACAGCCAACAACAUAUGGUGAAUAUAAAAGGAUGUCACAAUAUCAAAAUUAUAUGAGAAACCAAAACAUGCUGCAAGCAGCAACAUUUACCAGACUCCCUUUAAAUGAAUAUAAGCCAUCUAUUACAUCGAAACGGGUUGCCAACAGCGACCAAAUUUCAACUUCCACUGAAAGAGAUUCCACUUCUACAGCUAUUACUGACAAAUUGUGCAACAGUAACGAUAUGAUAAGUGAGCAUACUCAAACUAACAGCAGCAAUACUGUUGAACGCGUCUGGUCCGAAACAACUACUAAAAAUAACCUACAAAAAAGUGAUAACGAUGGUGAAGCGUCAGCCACUAGCGAAAGUGUCAGUGAAGUCUCAGCGACAGCCACAGCAAAAACUGUAAAGUAUCAAAAUAUAAAUAAAGAUUCAGUGACAGCUGCGACAACCAGCCAGAAACAAAGUAUUCAUAAAAGCUUAGAGCAAGAUACUGCAACCAGUAAUGCUAAUAUUGAUAACAUUACUGCAAAUGCUGAGUCCAAGUCAAAGCCACCCAAACCCAAGAGUAAAGGGAAUCAUCGCGAACUGCAUAAUUUACUUUCAUAUACAACGGAAAUUUUCCCAAAGUUGAUUGCUAAUAGAAGAAAAAGUGUCACUGUAGAGGAGGAAAUCAAUAUGCAGCUUUUACGGAAAUUUGGUAUUACUAAAAGAGUGCAAAUCGUAUUAGAACGAGCCGAUGUGCGCCCGCUUGUCUCGGACCAUGAUGCCCCUGGACAAAUUGCACAACGAACACGAAGCAAAUCAAUCGAUUCGAGGAAGUGUCUGGAAAGUUUAGAUGCAAGACCUAGGCAACCCGAACCAGUUCCAAAGAAAAUAAAUCAUCGCCGAGAAUCAAAAGCGCAUGAUGCGAAGGCAUUUAAACCAGCAGUACAAAAUCAUAAAAUUUCUCAUCGCCGAGAAUCUAAAUCACUGGAAAUGAAGCAGGAACCGACAGCAGUACCUAGUUUCAAAGUACCGAAACAAACUGCACGUAAAUCGUUAUCCAACUCACAGAAAAUUGUAGCUCCUGCAGUACCCUGUAGCAAAAAAGGAGAGAAGAUUCAAAAAGCGAUUGAAAACGUUUCUAACGAAAAGGAAAUGAAAUCAACUAAAGCGAAUAUCGUGUCACGAAAAAGGGAAAGGAGUCCCUCGAGCCCCACACCACCGAAGAGAUUGUGUUCUACAACAAAGGAUUCGAAGAUUUUUCAUACAGCGGAUACAUUGCGCAAAGUAGGUGAAGAAUCGGACGAAGAGGAAACGACUAGAGUACUGCCAAGCUCGGACUUGAUUUGCGAUCCAAAGCCAAACAAUGAUCCGGAGGUACAUUGCCGCAGUGACUACAUGGAGAAAUGUUGUCUUUGUUCGUACAACGGCGAACUGAUGGUUCAUCACUAUGUAUAUAAUCAUCCAAAGAAGGCUGUGUAUGUUAGCCGUGUUGCUCCCGACCAAGCCCAGCUAAUAAAAGCAGAUCCGCUCGGCAUUAGUGGCCGAAAGGCAAUUUCACGGUAUGGAGAUCAGGAGAUCAUAGUGUUCCGAUGCCAUUUUUGUGACCUACGGUUGAGUGAAUCGCAAGAGUUGUGGCUCGAUCACAUUUCAAAGCAUACUGGCGAAUACCGGUACAAAUGUAAGCUGUGUCCCACUUUUGCACGGUUGCCUGUGGAUAGAGUGCCGCAUCAUUCGAUUUGUACCAGUCCUUCCAUGCAGCUGUGGCAUACGUACGCAUUCCAGGAGAAUCACUUGUACGCAUACCUGUGCAAUGUUUGCAACUUUGUGCAGGUUUUAUCGGUUAAUAUAUUGCGACAUAUCCGGGAAGACCAUCCAGAGGCUGCUCCGAGUGAAAUAGGUUACACCAAAUUUAGCUUGGUGAACUUCAGCCUUCAAGAUGACGAAGCUGAUCUGCCCUAUGGAUCUGUAAAGUUAGAACCAAUCUUGGAUGAUACGAAUAUUAUCCCACCAGAAUAUAUUAAGGAAGAAGUGGACCUCACGCCUGCAGAGGAUUGCCAGACUGACCCGUUACAAGACGUCGAACAGGAGCAGCAGAUUUUCGUACAGCCAGAAACGGUUUUUAUAAAACAAGAAAAUCCUGAAGAAUGUAUCGAUGAAUGCGAAGAAAGCAUUGCCGAAAAUGAAAAUGAUGUUCUGACAACUAUUCAGGCUAGUGUACCUCAAGUCGCUGAUGGUUUGCUUUCUACACGAGUUCGUGUGAAGCGACUUCCGGGUGAUACACUGUCGGCAGACAUAGAAGCCAAUGAACCUGUUAAAGUUUUAAAGGUUACACUUCCAGUGAAUCGUUCAUCCCCUCUCCGAAUAAACGACAAUCGGGUGAAUCGCAUAUCCGAAGUUACACUAUCCACAAGGACAGAGGACAAUACACUAAAAGAUAGUGUUACGAGAAAUGCAAAUCAAGUGAAUCACUCACCCAUUUCCCAAAUUACUCACUAUCAACUUCAGCGAAGUGCAGUGCCGAGUUCAAAAAGUGUAUGUUCCAGCAAUGGGCAACAUCAGCUCGCUCCGGUACCGUCUAUGGUAGUUCUUAAGCCUUGGUGUAAAAACAGUGAUGGUUAUAGUGCGACGCUACCAUCGAGCAAAUUAACUCUACCCUUCUUGAUCGCGACCUUCAAAUGUACUACAUCUGGCUGUGGAUUUUACAGCGACAAAAAGCAAAUCAUAACUAUACAUUUGCAAAAUCACCAAGAAACGGCUAGAAUGCAUCCGAUACAACGCGGAACUCCAUGGUUGGAAUGCUGCUAUUGUAGUCAUGUUGGAACGACCAUAUUUUGUCUACUGGAACACAUUGAAACCGUGCACAGGUACUGCGCUUAUCAGUGUGAUCGGUGUUGCUAUCGCAGCCGGGAUUCUAGCAAUGUCAGGGUACACCAGAGAAAUCAUCACGCGGUACACGAUGCCGAAGCCAAAAUUUUAUACAUACCCGAUCGACACAAGGCAUUCGAGCCGAUAGACAAUGACAUCAUUGGGAACGAGCUACGAUCCAACGUGAUGGGCUUAAAAUGUUCAAUUUGUCCUUCAAAGAAAUUCUAUGAUUUGAACAUGUAUCGUAAGCACAUAAUAUCCCAUAAUAUGAGUUACAUGGCUUGCCACGUUUGCGAAGAUCUUAUGCCUCCAAGAGACUUAAUCAAUCACAUCCAUUCGCACGAGAUCCACAUGUUUCAAUGCGUCUAUUGUGCUUUUGGUACUGGUGAUAUGCGAAUCAUCAAGAAGCAUGUGGCGGACAUACAUCCUGAAAGAUUAUUAUGCCUUCAUGUGAGAACUUCAAAGCCCAAUGUUCCAUCAUUCAUCCGAGUGCAAGAGAAGAUAAGUCCAGAUCGUUUUAUAAAUUUUACGAAAAGCUAAGAUUUAUUUUA